ACCAAACCAACCCAGGAGAGAGGAAUACACUACGAAUAUAAAAACCCUACUUCGUCUACAGCUCUCUCCGCCUCACUAGACUCUUCUCUCGAUUUGCUCGCCUCUAACCUCUCUCUGAUCCAGUAUCCGAAGUUGGAGUCCGUCUGAGCAAUGGCUUUGGUGUUGCACACAUACAAGGGAAACAAAAAUGCUGACAAGGCACUCAUUGCUGCGGAGUACGUUGGUGUGAAGAUCGAUGUGCCCUCUGACUUUCAGAUGGGUGUCACCAACAAGACCCCAGAGUUCCUCAAGAUGAAUCCUUUGGGAAAGGUUCCUGUACUUGAGACUCCCGAGGGUCCCAUAUUUGAGAGCAACGCCAUUGCCCGUUAUGUAAGCCGGUUGAACGGUGAGAACUCCUUGAACGGUUCCUCUCUGAUCGAAUACGCACACGUUGAGCAAUGGAGCGAUUUCUCCACGUUGGAGAUAUAUGGUAACAUCUUGAAGUGGUUCGGCCCAAGAAUGGGCUUUAUGGCAUACAGUGCACCUGGUGAGGAAGCCGCUAUCUCUGCGUUGAAAAGAGCACUUGAAGCCCUGAACACUCAUCUCGCUUCCAACACCUACCUAGUUGGACACUCCGUUACCCUCGCUGAUAUCAUCACUGUCUGCAACUUGAACCUUGGAUUUGCCACUGUCAUGACCAAGAGCUUUACCUCUGCAUUCCCUCAUGUUGAGAGAUACUUCUGGACCAUUAUCAACCAACCGAACUUCAAGAAGGUUGUGGGUGAUGUCAAACAGACUGAAGCUGUCCCUCCUGUCGCUUCCAAGAAAGCUGCCCAGCCUGCAAAGCCCAAGGAGGAGCCUAAGAAAAAGGCUGCCCCUGCACCAGAGGCACCUAAGGUUGUUGAAGAGGAAGAAGAGGCACCAAAGCCCAAAGCAAAGAACCCUCUUGAUUUGCUACCACCAAGCCCAAUGGUUCUGGAUGAGUGGAAGAGGCUUUACUCGAACACCAAAUCUAACUUCCGUGAGGUUGCUAUUAAAGGAUUCUGGGACAUGUAUGACCCAGAGGGAUACUCACUAUGGUUCUGUGACUACAAGUACAACGACGAGAACAUGGUGUCCUUUGUGACGCUCAACAAGGUAGGCGGGUUCCUUCAGAGAAUGGACUUGGCUCGUAAGUACGCCUUUGGAAAGAUGCUGAUCUGCGGGUCAGAGGCUCCGUUCAAGGUGAAGGGUUUGUGGUUGUUCAGAGGGCCAGAGAUCCCAAAGUUCAUAAUGGACGAGGUGUACGACAUGGAGCUGUACGAAUGGACAAAGGUUGACAUCUCGGAUGAAGCACAGAAGGAGCGUGUUAGCCAGAUGAUCGAAGACGCAGAGCCAUUUGAAGGUGAAGCUCUCUUGGACGCCAAGUGCUUCAAGUGAAAAGAUAAUUGGUUUGGUUUGACAAUUAGUUUUUGGUUUUGAUAUACUAUGAGUCGCUUAUGUCUAAUACAGUGGUUUAAGGACAAGAGGUUGUGGUCUUAAGUAAUACUUAAUAGUUCUGGAA